AUAUCCUUUUACAUGUUAUCUAGAUAACGAGCGUUGAUGAUGCAAUUAUUAACCGACGUAUUCCUUCACGAAAAGACCUGGAUUACCACCAACAAGAUUGGAUUGAUUUUUAUAAGGAGUACGACAGCGUGAUGUCAGAUUGGCAAGCUUACGGACGUCAGUUAGUAUUAGAAAUGUCAGAGUUAAAAGACUCCGCGAACGUCAGUAGCUCAUUAACACCCCUGAGUCGUCUGUUAAGUGAAGAGACAACUCGGCGAACCUCCAGAAAUGCCGCAGAGUGCUUGGCAGUGCUAGAAGAACGUGCAAAAAAUGUUUCACACUUGGAUUAUGUGACACACGCGGUCCAACGUGCCAAACGGCUUAUGGAAGAAGUAGGAAACGCAGCAACACGCCUGGAAAAUAGUUUUGAGUCUCGUCGUACAACGAUAAGAAACUUUGCCGUGUUACGGAGCAUCGAGGAGCAAGCUCAAGAGGAAAUAUUUUUAAAACAUGAGUAG